CCGGUGAGCGUCGACCGACUGAAACGGCGGCCCAUAAUGCAUUGCGAUGGCGGGUAGGCGUGUGGGGGCGGAGCCAGGGCCGGAAGUAGAGCGGUGGCGGCGGCGGCGGAGGCUUUGGCAGCUCGGGACUAAGUGCAAGUAACAGAAUCAGCAUGAUUCUUCAGAGGCUCUUCAGGUUCUCCUCUGUCAUUCGGUCAGCAGUCUCAGUCCAUUUGCGGAGGAACAUUGGUGUUACAGCAGUGGCAUUUAAUAAGGAACUUGAUCCUGUACAGAAACUCUUUGUGGACAAGAUUAGAGAAUACAAAUCUAAGCGACAGACAUCUGGAGGACCUGUUGAUACUGGUCCAGAGUAUCAGCAAGAGCUGGAGAAGGAGCUUUUUAAGCUCAAGCAAAUGUUUGGUAAAGCAGACAUGAAUACAUUUCCCACCUUCAAAUUUGAAGAUCCCAAAUUUGAAGUCAUCGAAAAACCCCAGGCCUGAAGAAAUAAAGUAAAAUUAAUCUGGUAAUUUGUCAUGGGUUAGCUGUACAACUAGUUAGAUGUUUCAGAAUAAACGUGGAUUUCAUAACUGUCAAAUGAUCUUUUAAUUCUGAGUCCAAAUAAAUUAUUUGGUGAUGUUGA